AUGGAGGAAGCGAUGAUUCAACAAAUGGUCAAUAAAGUGAUGAAAACAAUUGUACGAACGGUUGCCGUGUGUUUAGCCGAAGACUCAACGGUGCAUUGCGAUUCAAUACGUCCGGAGUCUGUGCUGUGGCUGUCGUUGGGCUGUCAUGUCGUCAUCCAUGGCGUCAUUCACUGCCAGCCAAUGAUUGUCUGUGUUUUGGGAACAGAUGUCUAUUUGGAGAGCAAAUCAGUUUUGGCUCAUUAUUUGAAUGAAUGGACAGAUGUUUGGAUUGAACUGAUAUUUGACGACAAAGUGGUGAACGGUUUUCGAGUCGACGCUCACAUCCCAUGUCUGAAUAGCGAUGGUAUCGAUCCAACCCUUCCCGGUAUGAUUCAACAAAUGGUCAAUAAAGUGAUGAAAACAAUUGUACGAACGGUUGCCGUCUGUUUAGCCGAAGACUCAACGGUGCAUUGCGAUUCAAUCCGUGCGGAGUCUGUGCUGUGGCUGUCGUUGGGCUGUCAUGUCGUCAUCCAUGGCGUCAUUCACUGCCAGCCAAUGAUUGUCUGUGUUUUGGGAACAGAUGUCGUUUGUAGAGCCAAUCAGAUGAGAGUAUUUGGAGAGCAAAUCAAUGUUUGGAUUGAACUGAUAUUUGACGACAAAGUGGUGAACGGUUUUCGAGUCGACGCUCACAUCCCAUGUCUGAAGAUGUCUUUGAAAUCACAUCAAAUGGUUGUAAAUGACAACAAAGAGUACUACAGAAGACUUGAUAUUUUUCAGGAUUCCUUGAAUCACAUAAAGUGGUUAAACAGCCAAAGAGAAAGUGCCAGAAGUGCUUUCUAUGGAAUCACACAAUUCUCUGAUCUCAGUCCUCAAGAAUUUCAACAAAUAAUCCAAAAACAAAUUAAAUCAAAUUCAUUGCAAAAAAGUCACUCAACGACCAAAAGAUCAUUUUUCACUUCCGAUGACUUGAAAGAUCAUCUCAAAGAUGUGCCGCAGAAAUGGGAUUAUAGGGAGAAGAAUGCGGUCACAAAAGUCAGAAAUCAAGGAGAAUGUGGCGCGUGUUGGGCCCACUCUAUCGUCGAGACCAUCGAAACAAUGGUUGCUCUUAAGACUAAAACUUUACGGGAAUAUAGUGUCCAACAAUUCAUAGACUGUGCCACAGAAGACAACAGGGGAUGUGAUGGCGGGGAUACCUGUGCCGCACUC